GCUACUAUGUUUUCAUGAUUAUAAAAAAUCAUUUAGAUAACCAUUAUUGAAAGUUAUUGCUAGACUGCUUACCUCUUUCUAACACGAAAUGAUAACAACUGUCCAAUCAUUAUAGGUCAUUACGUUUUCUUAAUGCUCACUACACAGCAGUGCUGUAUGCUCAUGAAUACUAUCUUCACAUUCAGUAAUUCUACAAUAAGAUAGGGAUUAAAGCAAGGUGUGACGUGAGAAUACUGUCACUCAAAAACCAGAGAUUUGCAUAAAUUGUUUAACGAUGCCAAUUCCCAACGCCGCAGAAAUUGCUGAACUCUACAAUGAAAUGGGUUAUAACAUUAAUCCGGAUACUGCUCAGCUAGAUGCAAUGUACGGUCAGAAAAAACGUAAACAUGAUAUGGUAAUGAUCAUCAUGGCAGAUGCUGAUAUAAGUGCUGUUAUCAAUUACUUCAAAACAAUGUCGUUUUGUAAAGCUGACGAUUCAAAGUAUUUCAAUCUGAAAAAGAUCUGGGUUCAGGAACCUGUUAUAAAUAUAUUUACAGACAGCAUUGUGGAGGCACAGUUGGCCAAAGUUGUUAUGCUAGAAAGAUUAAUGUUAACAGCUUUUCGCAAUAAUGAUGAGGUUAUUCGUGCAGUAAAUAUAGAGACCUCAAGAGAAUAUGGAGCUUCUAUAUGGUCAGAGAAUAUUAACAGUACUCAAAAUGUAGCUGCUGCCUUAAAUACAUUUAUUGUUUGGAUUAAUACAUCGUCAAUAUUAGAUGCAUUUCUUUUAAACAUUAUAAACACUUCCAUAACAGCAGACUAUGCCAUUCCAGAAUCAAACAAUUUAACAAGGAUUAUAUCAGAUGGAGCAUCUGAGUUGAGUGAAAAGUUUCACCUAUUUUAUGAUGGCCAAUGGAAAAAACCAGUAAAACAGGAGUACUGGACUGGAGAAACAGAUAUAUUAAUAGCUAAUGCAACAGAAAAAGAUAUAAUGGACUGUGUCGUCUCUGCUGUUCGAGCCUUUCAAGCGUGGUCCACAACACCUCUCAGUAAGAGGAAAAAUGUUUUCCAAUAUCUGGCAGACAGGAUAGCAUCCACAGGAAGCAGGAUAUUUUUAUACUCUUCCAGAAAUUACAGCCUUGCAGAUUCUAUAAUAAGAUGGGCUAAUGAUCCAUCUGUAUGUGAGACCUCAACUUUCUUCCUUAAGGAUGAUACAGUUAAUUUAUUAGUAAGACGUGACCCGAAAGGUGUAAUUGUUGUAAAUAGCGACAAUACAGAAGACCUGUUUCGUAUGGUAGUUUAUGCCUGCAUAACUGGCAAUACUGUAAUAAUAACAAGUAGUGAUUACUUUUGUAAAACCAAGCUAAAAUACUGCGACAUGUUUUCCAGUUGCCAAAUUCCACCAGGUCUUGUGAAUAUCUUAACGUUUGCUAAUCUCACACCAGCUUUACAGUACAUGUCCAAUUUGUUUCCUAUAUCAAUUAUAACAACAGGCAACGUUUGUGUUGAAGAUGAAAGAAUAUGUAACCCUAAUAGGGAUCUUCUUAAAUUUACUAGAACAAAAUUUGUAUGGAUGUCUUGUAAGUAAAAUCAUAUACAGUUUCUCACUUGUGAAUUGAAUUAUGUACGUAACAAUAAGAUAUUAUAUUUGUAUAUUUCAUAAAAUAAACAAUUAUACAAAUCUUUUCGAUCAA